UUUUGUUAUACCUCUUGCCAGCUGCAUGUUAUUUGUUAAUCGGGCUGGUUAUAACACUAUAUGAAUUAAAAUAAAUAUUUAGCCAUGUUGCGAUCGAGGAUUUCCUGCGCACUUCAACCACGGAGAUUGGUGUCCUACUUUUCGGCCGAAUUCAACAAGUUGGUAAACGAGGGACCGGCGAAAUUCGCCUCCAGUAGCAGUCAUGCUGUAACCAAUAUAGAUUUGGAUCUGUUUGUCAAUCCGGAAAAUCGGCCCAUGGAUGUGGUGGACCGGCUGCUAAAGCUCAGGAAACAAAAGGAGGCCAGCAUGGUGCCCCUGCUCCCAAGUGUUUUGGUCAAGCAAUUGCUGGACUCCACAAAUCCGCAGGAGGCCAUAUCGGUUCUACGUAAUCCCACCCAGUACGGCCUGUUUGUAGACCAGUUUUCCGGCUGCUUCCUGCUGGAUUUCCUCCUGCACAAUGGCCACGCGGUGGAAUCAGCUCAGAUGGCCACUAUUCUCGUGGACAGGAGCUUAUGCAACAACGAACUGGUCGAAUCGCUGGCACUCCAGGCGUUUUGGUCCUUUGCCCAGGACUUCAAGCCCUUUGAGUCCUCUACAAUUGAGCCUCCUGCCAAAAACGCUGAAGUGGUAAAAGUUCGUGUCAAGUUCCUGCGCAAUUAUCCCGAAGAUGCCAGCGAAAAUACCGAGGAAAAGAAACUGGGUCGCGCCAUGAUUCGAUUGGGUUCCGGCGAAGGGUCCUUGAAGGAGCUAAAGCAGAACAUUGGCCUACUUGGCUAUGUCCUAAGCGGACAAGUAGCUGAGGCCUCCAGUUUUCUGACCAAAAACCAAGCUGCUCUUCACAAGGAAACUUUAAGCGCCGCCCAAGCUAUAGCUGAAAGUCUGAAGUUGGAGGGAUCAGAGGAGUUAAUGAAGUUACUGCAAGAAACCCUUGAGAAGAGUACCAAAUCGAAUGCCAUCCAGGGGCUACUGGAGAAAAGUGUUAGGGACACGGCUCAUAAGUUUGAGCCAAAGUUGUUGGCCGAAUACGGUGAGUCAUAUCAAGAGUGGGCCAAGAAGUUCGAGAGCGCGAUUCAGUGCCAUCUGGAGGCUCAGAGCCUGGAGCAGCGUAAGUCCAGCAUUCAGAAGACGCUCACCGAACUGGAGGCCAAGCGCCAGAAUCUGUGGUUCUUCGAGAACAGGGACGACAUCGACAUUCAGAUCUACAAGAAGAAGGUCUACUAUCCAAAGCGCUGGUUCGGCAAGAAGAAGAAGCCCAAGGCAGCGGACACCUUCUAUGUGCCACCAAACAUUACGCACAAUGCUUAAUUCUUAAGCCUUAACCUUUAACCGUUGACCCUUGACCCCCCAGUGGCCACAAACAAGUUAGAUCCAAUUGUUUUUAAGCUUUAAUUAAACUACUGGAGAGUUAAUCCAAA